AUGAAGUGUCCCAGUCCGAGCCCGAGUGACCACACCAGUGAGGGGUGCGGCCGCGUCGACGGGGGCGGCCGAGGGGGCCGCGGUGACGGGGCCGCGGCGGGGGCCGCCGAGGGGGCCGCGGCGGGGGCCGCCGAGGGGGCCGCGGGGUCGGGGACCGCCAAGGAGGCCGCGACGGGGGCCGCCGGCGCGGGGAGUGCGGGCAGGGCCGAGCCCAGUGCGCGGCUGGGCGGUUCGCCAGAGGAGGAAGCAGGGGCGAACCGCGCGCCGCGGGAGACGCCGAGGGUGACGGUACCUGCUGAAACGGGAACACCAGCUCAUCAAAGUACACAUGCCGCGAAGUGA